AUGGCUACCGCCACAGAGAACGGCCAGCCGCCCGUGAAAGACGAGAACACCGCACCCGAGGCGGCCAACGAACAGCAGGAGCAGAAGGAACAGACAAACGGCGCGAAUGGUGACCUUGUUACUGUGUUCCAUGACCCGGAAAACUUCAAUGUCAAGCAUCCCCUUAUGCAUGAGUGGACCCUUUGGUUCACCAAGCCCCCCAGCGGCAAGGGUGACAACUGGAACGAGCUUCUGAAAGAAGUAGUCACGUUCAGCUCUGUCGAGGAAUUCUGGGGUAUCUACAACAACAUCACUCCCACGUCUGAACUCGGUCUGAAGGCCGACUACCACCUCUUCAAGAAGGGAAUCCGUCCCGAGUGGGAAGACCAGCAGAACAAGCACGGUGGCAAGUGGUCAUACUCUUUCAAGGACAAGCGCUCUGUCCCAAUAGACGACCUCUGGCUGCACGCCCAGCUCGCUGCUAUCGGUGAGACCCUCGAGAAUGACGGAGACAACGAAGUGAUGGGUGUGGUCGUCAACGUCCGUAAGGGCUUCUACCGUGUCGGUCUGUGGACACGCACCACGGGCAAGAGCAUCCCCGGUGACAAGGGUGAGGGUCGCUCCGCGGCCAAGGGCAAGGAGGUUCUGGAGAACAUUGGUCGCCGAUUCAAGGAGGUGCUGCGCCUGAAGGACACAGAUGUUGUCGAGUUUUCAGGUCAUACCGACAGUGCACACAGCGGUAGCACGCGCGCCAAGGCUAAGUACACUGUCUAA